CGUUGCGGGCGCUGUUUGAUCUAUGGCCGAUCGUCUGCACUGGGACGAAAAUGGCUUCCAAAGGGAAAGGCAAAGCGAAAAAUACUAAAAAGGACAAAAUUGUUGAAGAAUUACCACCAGCACCAGAGGAGAAGAAAGAAGACGAAUCAGAGGAGAAGCAAGACGAGGUCGGAACGGAGGAAGGGACAGCAGAGGAGCAAGAACCGCCUAAAGAACCGACACCUCCACCCGAAUAUGACGAACCAACUCUGGCGGAAUUGAUCGUUGAAAGUUUUGAAGGUGAAAAGGUCCGAGGUUUGUUUGAUGGCGAAGGAACAGCUUACUUCAGUGGCGGCCAUGUAUAUCAGGGGCAGUUUUCGCAGGGUUUGAUGCAUGGCAAAGGAGUGUACACAUGGAGCGAUGGCGUUAGAUACGAGGGUGAUUUCAAUAUGAAUGAAAUCACAGGCAAAGGGCUGUACACCUGGCCAGACAAGAGCACUUAUGAAGGAGAAGUCUUGAAAGGCCGACGACACGGACAAGGAAUGUUUAGGUGCACGUCAACACCGUCGUCGUACACCGGCCAGUGGAACAACGGCAAAAGACAUGGAACUGGUAUUAUCCGCUACGACCUAGACGGCUUGUCAUUCUACGAAGGCGACUGGGUGACCGACAUGCGGCAGGGGUACGGCGUCCGGCGGUAUCGCAGCGGUAAUGUGUACGAGGGCGAAUGGAUGGCCAAUAACCGCCACGGCCAGGGCAUCAUGAGAUGGGUAGACUUGGACCAGUCCUUCAACGGGCAGUGGGUCAACGGUGUGCAGAACGGCCACGGAGAGCACACCUGGUACCUGCGCAGGUUGCCCGGUUCCCAGUACCCGCUACGCAACCAGUACAUCGGUGACUUCCAUCAGGGCUUGAGGCAUGGCUACGGGGUCUUCCUGUAUGCAAACGGUGCCAAGUUUGAAGGGGAGUGGGUGGAGAACAAGAAAUGCGGACGGGGGUUGUUUACGUUCAAGAACGGUCGUAUUUUCGAGGGAGUUUUCGUGGACGACAGAAUGGCAGAGUACCCAGCCUUUAGCAUGGACGGCAACAACACGCCUGACAUCAGCAACAUCAGAACAAGGACACCGGAUCCGUCUGGCCCAGGGUUGGGGGAUAUAACAUCCCGCAGUGAUGCCAGUCGCAACACUUUAGGCCCUAGCCUAACCCUGGAGUUGGACCACCUACUGAACGACUUCAGUGAGAACGACAGAGAGGAAGAAAUCAGACAGGUAAUGUUUGUGGUUUUGCGUCACAUCACGACCUUCAAGAAAGUCUACAAUUUUUACGGCAGUCUUGGUCACGACGCAUCUCCUGAUAACACAUUCAUCAUGACCAGGCUGCAGUUUUGGCGAUUCUUGAAAGACUGUCAGUUCCACUAUAACGAUCUAACGCUGACAGAGAUGGAUAGAAUUUUAGCUCCCAAUAAGACUGCCACAGACAUCCACAAUCCUCUGGACAAGCUGCUCAUGAGAGAGUUCCUGAACAAUCUGAUCACACUGUCCUACCAGAUCUACCAGGAGGAAUGCACGAGUGAGAGCGGCACGGUGCUUUCAUGGUGUCUGUCCAAAGCCAUGACGGACAACAUCGUGCCGGCAGCCUGCGACGUGCAGGGGACGUUCCUAUACGAACCACGGAGAGCCGUCAAUGCGCUGGGAUACAUGGACAAAUGCUGGGAGAUCUACUGUUCAGUCUCUUCUCCAAACAAGCACAUACCUUACGAGCCAACCCUGAAGAUGCGACAGUUCCUGUACAUGCUGAAGGACUACCGACUCAUCAACGACAUCUUGACUCCCAAGAGAAUCCUGGAAGUUUUGGCAGCCGACGAUCCGGGGGCCUACGAUGCUCACGAAUGCAACCUGGAGCUGGAGAUGACUUUCUUGGAGUUCUUCGAGGCACUGAUAGGCUGUGCCAUGAUCUACGUGACAGAAGACAUUGUGAAGGACCCUUCCACUCCGAGACCUAGUACCGUCAUAUCCCAUACUCAUAGUAGCUUCAGUGCGACCACUGCUGCAUCAGCUUCAAGGGCUAGCCAGCCACUUGAUGACAGUGAGGAGCAGGGUACCACCGGUCCCGGUUCCCCGCAUCACACGGGAGUGACGUCAGAAUCCAUGUCGCCCGGGCCUAGGGUUGCCUCAUCCACCGAUGCAACCAAUAAGGGAUCAGGGUUGGAGCUAUCUGCUGCAAAAGUUGAGGUUCAAGGUUCUGUAGCGACAGGAAGUCAGCAUACAGACGUUGGCCUAGACCCCAGUAACACCAACGUGGACCCGAAGGCAUUAAAAUCAGAUGCCUUGGGUCUGGCUGCAUCGUCCCACAGUGGUCCCGGAGCCCCCUCCAUUGGAGGAGAGGAAACACAACAACCACACCUGCUCCAGUCCAUGCUGUCCAUGGGGGCUGAACAGAACGAAAUGCCCGAAGAGGAGCCAGAAGAAGACAUGGAUGAGGAGACGAGGCAGUUCAACUUCUGGACCCAUCAGAUUCACAUCUUCUUCAUUCGCAAACUCUUCCGAGCUCACGAGCACAUGAACAAACUCGAGGAGACCAAGAAAAUCCUGCAGACGGAGAAAGAGGCGGCCACUAUAGAAGCCCAGCACCAGCGCGAGAAGAGGAUCGCAGCCUAUGAAGCUGCUCGUGAGGCCGAACGGCUAGCUGAGGCUAAGGCUAAGGAGCUCGCCGCAGCAGCAGCAGCAGCUGCAGCUGAGUCUAAAGACGUGGAUUUGGACAGUGGCAGCUCACAGGAAACCAUACCAUCACCUACUAAGGGGAGAUAAACCUCUACAGGUGCCCAGCGUAUAGGUGUCCUUUUUAGAAGGUAGCCAUUUCAAAGGUGCCAUUUCAAAGGUGUCAAUUUAAAGGUGACCAUUUCAAAGGUGAUUAUAUAUUAAGGUGACCAUAUAAAAAGGUGCCCAUUUUAAAGGUGUCCAUUUUUAAAGGUGACCAUUUCAUAGUUGCCCAUUUUAAGGUGACCAUUUAAAGGUGACCAUUUUAAAGGUGAUAAUUUUAAUGUUGACCAAAUUUGUAGUGCCUUGGCCCAUGUUAUAGUUUUGUCCAGCAUUCAACCAUAGCAGCAAUGCUCUGACAAAUUUCGAAGGCACCUUUUAGCAA